ACAGUCAGCGAUCCAGAAGCCGCUGCGCCAUGAGUGUCUCUGCGCUGAGCGCCCCCAGAGCCCUGGGCGGUGUCUCUGGGCUCCUGCCGGCGGCCUCCCUGCUCGGCCUGCUUCUGCUUCUGCUCAAGGCAGCGCAGCUCUACCUGCGCAGACAGUGGCUGCUCAAAGCCCUCCAGCAGUUCCCGUCUCCUCCUUCCCACUGGCUCUAUGGGCACAUGCAGGAGUUCCAAGAGGAGACUGAGCUGCAACCCCUACUGAAGAGGGUAGAGAAAUACCCAGGUGCCUGUGCUCGCUGGCUAUGGGGGACGAAAGCCGUAGUGUUGAUCUAUGACCCUGACUACAUGAAGGUGGUCCUAGGGAGAUCAGACCCAAAGUCUCAUGAUUCCUACAGAUUGCUGAUUCCCUGGAUUGGGAAUGGUUUGCUCGUGUUGGAGGGGCAGACGUGGUUCCAGCACCGGCGGAUGCUGACCCCAGCCUUCCACUACGACAUCCUGAAGCCCUACAUGGGUCUCAUGGCCGAGUCUGUCCAAGUGAUGCUGGACAAGUGGGAGGAGCUCGUCAGCCUGGACUCACAUCUGGAGGUCCUUGGACACGUCUCCUUGAUGACCCUGGACACCAUCAUGAAGUGCGCCUUCAGCCACCAGGGAAGCAUCCAGACAGACAGGAAAUUCCACUCCUACAUCCAGGCCAUCAGGGACCUCAGCAAUCUGAGUUUUUCCCGGGUGAGGAAUAUCUUCUACCAGAACGACAUCAUCUACAGGCUGACCCCUGAAGGCCGCUGGAGCCACCAGGCCUGUCAGCUCACCCAUCAACAUACAGAUGGAGUGAUCAAGCUGAGGAAGGCUCACCUGCAGAAGGAGGGAGAGCUGGAGAAGGUGAGGAGCAAGAGGCACUUGGAUUUCCUGGACAUCCUCCUCUUUGCCAGAAUGGAGAAUGGGAGCAGCUUGUCUGACAGGGACCUCCGUGCCGAAGUGGAUACGUUCAUGUUCGAGGGUCACGACACCACAGCCACUGGCAUCUCCUGGACCCUCUAUGCUCUGGCCUCCCACCCUGAGCAUCAGCAGAGGUGCCGGGAAGAGAUCCAGAGCCUCCUGGGGGAUGGCGCCUCCAUCACCUGGGACCACCUGGAACAGAUGCCCUACAUCACCAUGUGCAUCAAGGAGGCACUACGACUCUAUCCACCAGUGCCAUUCAUUUUCAGAGAUCUGAGCAAGUCCAUCACCUUCCCUGAUGGACGCUCCUUACCUGCAGGAAUCCCGCUCUCCCUCUCCUUUUAUGGGCUUCACCACAACCCGAGGGUGUGGCCGAACCCAGAGGUGUUUGACCCAUCCCGGUUUGCACCGGGUUCUUCUCAACACAGCCAUGCUUUCCUGCCCUUCUCAGGAGGAUCCAGGAACUGCAUCGGGAAGCAGUUUGCCAUGAAUGAGAUGAAGGUGGCCGUGGCCCUGACCUUGCUUCGCUUUGAGCUGGCACCCGAUCCCUCCAGGGUCCCUGUUCCCAUUCCAAAAGUUGUGCUGAAGCCCAAGAAUGGGAUCCACUUGCAGCCCAGGAAGCCCCUGUAA